AUGUCGGCCCCACUGGCAGCAAGCAUGAACAAAGGCAGCCGGCCACCACCGCGCCCACCCAUGCCAGCACAGGUAGCCUCGGCGCCAAAGGCGCUUCAGGUACCUGAUGCAUUUGGCAGCUCCAUGGUGAAGUCAGGAACAAUCAGACCCCAUCGGCCUGGUGCUGUGCCGCCUGGUCCUGGAGGUCUUAGACCGUUUGCUCCAAUCCAAGCGCCUCAAGGCAGUCCAAUGACCGGACCGCCAAGCCUUGGAAUGCCUCAGCCAAUGGUCACCCCUGGAGCGCCGAGCUUUAGGCCUGGCUUUCCAGGCUGUUCUGGACAAGGCUUUUCGUGUGGACCUCCGUUUCCUGGAGCGCUGCGACCUGGAAUUUCGCUUGGUCAGGCUGCAAUGCUGGGCCCGCCAAACGGCCAGAAGGCCCUACUAGUCCUUCGUCCGGAGGAUGAUAUAGAGGUCCCGGUCGUUGAGGACUGGCAGGAUGAUCCAGAGAAGGUGGAGGAGUCAGAGCUGCUGUCUCCACAGGAUGAAAAACUGCCACCUGAGCUGCUUGAAAGCUGCCUCCUGCGAUGGACUCAUCCACUGCAGAAUGGAGAGCCUGAGAAGCUGCCCAAGGGAAUUGAGGCAGUGACCGCCCGGAAGAUCUACCGACACCGGCAGCAGCAGAUCGUCGAUGCCUUUGACAGGCUGUUCACUGACGUGGUGGACAAAGCCCUCUUUGAGUUGGCCAAAGAGGUUUUCAUCAAGGCUCGACCAGACGCUGCAAAGUCCUGGGACCUGCUUUCGGCCCGGAUGUCAUCGUUUGGUGGAGAUGCACUGAAAGGGCUUCUUCUUGAUGGAGAAGGGCCGAAGGUGAUUGAGAGUGAAAGAGUAAAUGAAGAGGAGGAAGAGCGCAAGAAGGCAGAAGCUCAGGCCAUGACCAAAGCGGCAGCCAAGGCACCCCUCAUGCCGGAGAGCCAAAGCAUAGUGCCCAUGGCCCCAAUGGCCAAAGCUCUGCCAGUUGGGCCCCUGCCUCCCCAGGCCCCACAGAUGCAGGCGCCGCAGCGGCCUUUGCCUCCAACGAUGCCAGCCAUGGCAAAUCCCAUGAUGGCUCAACUGCCAGGCAUGCUUGGCUUUGGAGCAAUGCCAGCCAUGCCCAUGGUCCCUGCAUUGCCGGGUGCGAUGCUGGGUGGCGCCAUGAUGGCACAGGCAGCAGAGGAGGAAAAGGCCAAGGAAGUCAAAGAGGCCAAAGAAGCCAAAGAAGCCAAAGAGAAAGAAGCCAAAGAAGCUGAAGAGGCCAGAAAGCGUGAAGAAGAGGUGAAGGCGAAGGAAGAGGCAAAAAAGGAGGAGCUUCCAAAGAAGGAGAUCGAAAGAAAGGCCCCCGUGGAGCCGCCUCCCACCGAGUUUGAAGAGAUUGUGAACUCUCUUCCUGUCACUCCGUUCUGGAAGAUUCCUGCACAAAAGACAGAGAUUCCGCUUGGAAUAAGACUGCGUGUCUUUGACAGCGGCGGUGCUCGAGAAGUUGCGAGCAUGGCGGUCACCAAGUCCUUAAUCUUUGGUAUGGAAGCCGAACGCUCCCAUGUCGUUGAACGACAUGGACAAGGUGUCUAUGCUGAACAUGUGGCCUUGAUCUAUACAGCCAAGGGGUUCCAUCUUCAUCCGAUUUCCGGCCAGAGCGUUCAAUCUGCUGUGACUCAUCACCCGAAACUGAUAGUGAAGCUUCGAACGGAAGCCGAGAAGUUGCCUGAUGAGAAGCGGAGCCAGGUCUUGAGCCUGCUUGAAGAGAUGGAAAAGCACGAAAUCCGCUCAGUGCUCUUCCAGCCUGGCGAUGGACGGAAGAAGCUCACUUGGCAAUCCUGCGUCUUCAGCUUGGGUCGCUCUGAAAGGAUAUACUUUCUGGACCUGAUCUCGAAAGCGGACCAAUUGCCAGAGGACGACCCCAGCAACUUAGGGGGGUUGCUUCACAAGAUUGGUAGAACAUGGUAG